CAUACACACAUGCACUUUCCUUACCUCUUCAUUAUUCUCUCAAUCUCAUCAUUUCCCUCUCUCUCUCUCUGUCAAUGGAGAAAACUCUAGCCACUCCCGAUUCCACUAGACGCUCUCUUUCCUCGUCGCGCGCAGCCACCGUGAAAUCACGCGCCGCCGGUUUCGAGCGCAGAACCAAACGGAGAUUGUCGGAGACCAAGGCAAGCGUGUGUGUGUCCGGUGAAGAAGAACAAGAAGAAGACGACGAAGAAGAAGAAGUGGUGAAAGAGAAGAUCUCUGCGUUGCAGAGGAUUAUUCCCGGAGGAACGGCGCUUGGUGUGGACGCGCUCUUCGAAGAGACAGCUGGUUACAUAAUGUCUCUACAAUGCCAGAUCAAAACCAUUAAAGUCCUCACCUCGUUUCUCCAACGCUUAGAUAAACAAGAUAUGAAGUUCGGAGGUUGAAGAUGAUGACUCCAAGAUUGCUCUUCUUUUCUUUCGAUUCCGACCCAAAAAAAAAAAAAGAAGAAUUUUCAUUAUGUAGUUUUGUUUUUAACUUUAUUUUUUUGUUUGAUAUGGAUUUUAGCUUUGAUAUAUGGGGAAAGAGAU